UGAAGUAGAAGGUUAAAAAUUAAUAAGAGAGUGAAGAUGAAAACAUAGUCGACUUGAGAAGUAGAGCUUCAAAGGGGAGUGAAAGAGUAUGAGAGGGUUUUCCUCUGUAGCUUCAAGGGCUUCUUCACCUGCUUUCACCAAUCUCUCUAAACAAAACCAACGUUCACUCAGACCCAUUACUCCAAAACCCUCAAAUCUUGAUUCUGUUGCCACCACUAGCAACCCCAUUACUCAACAAAGUUCACCCACUAAGCCGAAGCCUUCAUCCCAUUCGAAUUCCAACACUUCCAUAGCAGUUAAAAAGGUAAACUUUCGAGCAACUGUUAUUGAUCAUAAGUAUUUUUCCCAAAUUCUUGCAAGAAAAGACUGGUAUUUAUUGCUAAACCAUGAGUAUAAAGCCAAGAGGGUUACUUUGAAUCAGCAAGAAGUUGUUAGUAUUUUGCAAAAUCAAGAAAACCCAUUACACCCUUUUAGAUUUUAUAUCUGGGUUUUGAAGAUUUGUCCCUCUUUUGCGAAGAAUCAAUCAGUUAAGGUGGUUUUAAGUAAUGUACUUUUUAGGAAAGGUCCCCUUUUGUUGUCAGCUGAGCUUGUUCAAGAUAUCAGAAACUCUGGAAAUGUAGUUACUGUGGACUUGCUUUGUGUCCUAAUUGGUAGUUGGGGGAGAUUAGGGUUGGGUAAGUACUCUACUGACAUUUUGGAGCAGGUUUCUUAUUUGGGGCUUGCUCCUAAUACUAGAUUGUAUAAUGCAGUAAUCGAUGCAUUGAUCAAGUGCAAUUCACUUGACUUAGCCUAUUUAAAGUUUCAGCAAAUGCAGGUAGAUAACUGUAAACCAGAUAAAUUUACGUAUAAUAUUCUUCUUCAUGGAGUUUGUAAGGCUGGGGUUGUGGAGGAGGCGCUUCGUCUGGUGAAACAGAUGGAAGGAGUGGGAUACUCUCCCAAUGUGUUUACUUACACAAUUUUGGUUGAGGGGUUUUGUAAUGCUAAAAGGGUGGACGGGGCAUUUGAGCUGUUUGGGGUAAUGAAGAGUAGGGGUAUUGUACCAAAUGAAGCUACUGUAAGAUCAUUGGUUAAUGGGGUAUUUCGCUGUGUGACACCAGAUAAGGGCUUUGAAUUGUUAUGUAGAUGGUUAGAAAAAGAACAUGUCUUGCCUAAUGUAGCUUGUUCUUCCAUGCUACAGUGCCUUAGUACUAAAUUUUUGCCCAGAGAAGCAGCUCAACUUUUAAGAAUUUCAAUUGAUAGAGGUUACUUCCUGGAUAACUCAAUUCUUAACAUUGCACUGACUUGCUUAAUCAAAGGAUUGGAGCUUGAUGAUACUUGUCAGAUGUUAGACUUCAUCACUGUUCGAGGUGUGAAGGUUAGUGUUGAUAUUUAUCUUGCACUUGCUGAUGCUCUCUAUAAAGGAGGGAGAGUUGAACAGGGGAACAAAUAUAUGGACCAAGUGUUUAAGGAUGGUCUUGUAUCUAACACAUUCUUCUAUAACCGGGUCAUUGAUUGCUUUUGCAAAAUCAAAAUGAUGAACAAAGCAUCAGAUGCUUUCAAAGAUAUGCUUCAGAGAGGUGUCACUCCCAAUAUUGCAACUUUUAACACUCUUAUUAGUGGAUAUUCCAAGGUAGGGGAGGUUAACAAGGUACAUGAGCUAUUAGUGAUACUACUAGAACAUGGCUUUCGACCAGACAUUUUCACGUUUAGUUCAAUGAUUGAUAGCCUCUGUAGAGUAAACCGCAUUGACGAUGCUUUAGACUGUCUCACAGAGAUGAUAGAAUGGGGAGUUGCUCCAAACACUGUACCAUACAAUAUCUUAAUUCGUGCACUUUGUGUCCUCGGGGAUGUAGGUAGAUCACUGAAAUUAUUACGAAAAAUGCAAGGUGAUGGAACAAAGCCAGAUGUUUUAUCCUUCAAUGCCUUAAUCCAAAGUUUUUGUAAGAUGAAUAAGAUUGAUGAGGCACAAAGGCUUCUGGUAAGCAUGUUGACCCUGGAUUUGAUCCCUGAUAAUCAUACUUAUGGUGCUUUUAUCAGAGCCUUAUGUAACUCAGGGAGAUAUGAUGAAGCUAAGAACUUGUUUUUUUCAAUGGAAGCAAAUGGAUGCAUCCCCGAUGCUUUGACAUGUAAACUAUAUCUUGAUUCACUUAUUCAAUCAGGUCAAACUAAAGAAGCUCAGUAUGUUUUAAAGGAGUGCGGAAAAAGGGGGAUGCUAUUGGAACCCAUCACUUCUUCAUAGUAUCUUUGAUUUAGGAGUGAUUAUCACUUAAUGCUCACAAGCUACGCUGCGUGUUAGCCAAUCAUGAACAUACCAUUGCUAUUGCCCCAUCAGGUUGGCCAAAUGACUAUAGGUCAAUUCUGAUGUGGUUGAUGUCAUGGAAGCCCAAGACACCUAAGAAUGUUGCCUCUGCACAUAGAGUGCAGCAUCAGGUUCCAUCUUGACAGCCAACAACUUGAGGAGGAGGCCUAGGUUACAGUGAGUUGGUAAAUGAAGGGAAUGGGCUGAGAAAGCAAGCAACAUGGCCAGCUAUCUUCUGAUCUAAAAGAACUGUUAAUUGCUUGUUUUUCCAUGAGAUCGGGAAAAAAUAUGUUGGUGCUUUAUAUUAAACACCUCUUUGAUCUUAAGAAAUCUGAUUUCAUUUCAAGGACCUGACUAAAGGAAAAAGAAGGAAGUUACUGUCAUGGUCUUAUCAAUGACAAAGUCCAAACAGAUUUUUCUACCUGUUAUAGAUAAUCACCAUGAAUAUGAAGAUGGAGCUCCUUGUUUAGGUCUCUCAUGCAUUAAACCUGGGUGUUAGUUUGCAAAAGCUUCUGGCAGCUUUGAUGAAGUUUUUUUCUCUACUAAUUCCUUCAGCCAUGUAAAGAAGGCCGAAUAUAAGUUAACAAGAUGUCGCUCCUGACAUGUGCCUUAAGGCCCUCGUAAUGUAGGAUAUGGAGAUAUCUGAUUGUCUGUGUUGGUUGAGAACUUUUAUCUCAGCAUGCAUGAUUAAAAAAAAGUAUCGAUGUUCUGUUCUAAGUUGGCCCUUUGAGGCUAGGGUGGUUAUUCUUUUGGGGUUAAAAGGAGAAAUGUGUAAUGACAAGUCCAACCACUACUGAGUACUUAGCCUAGCAGAUUCGCAAAAGGAAGGAUUACGAGGAAGUGAUGCUGUCCCUUUUUAACAUUUUCUUUGGAAUCUGAGAUUGGUCUUUGCCAUAUUUCGAUAUUUCCAGAAGCCCUCCUAGCUAAGUAAUCACUAAUCAUCAAGACACAAGCCCCUGUAUCAAUGUAUUUCUGUUACUAAAUGCUUGUAUGAGGAACAAUAGCAUGUUUCUCUUGGAAAAUUGUUUUAGUGUGAAUUACUAACAUGUAUUAGCAAAUUCAGUAUGUUCUGUCAAAUAUAAUAUUUCACUGAUGUGAAUACUUCAAGAUGAAUGGUUGAUAUGCUUAUCUAA